AUGGAGAAGCUCCGUUCGGACAAAGCAAGCGUCAAGUCGACCUUUGUGGAGGACGAAAUUGGCGAAUUGCGCAGAUACAUCGUCGAGAUGAUGCACGCCGAGAUGGAACUCAUGGAGAGCAUCAAGCUGAAUGAAAGCAAAGUUGCAGCUGCGAACGCCCGAAUUAAACACUGCAAGGAACUAAUCACUAAAGAACGUCAUCGCUACAAAACGCUAAGGCAGGAGUUGGAAGAAGAUACGAACGAGCUUAGAAGUCUCGAGGAGAAGCAAAUUGCUGCUGAAGCAAAGCAUCGGCAGUUCCGAGACGCUGUGGUCGAACGGGAGAACGAGGUGCAAGUGCUUCGCGCACAAUUUCAGCACCAGCGCACCGCUAUGCUCAGCUUGAGGUGCCAGAUCUUGAAUGCUACUACGCAAUUAGAAACGCUUUCGUCAAUGAAUGAUUCUGUCGAGAAGGAGGCGCACAACGUCUCUGCCGCCAUGGACAAGUGCGAAGAGCUGACACCACAGCGGAUCGCUCGUCAGAAGAUUCGUGCCAAGACGAGACAUAUCCAGCAGUUUAUUGCGCAAAUGGAGCAUGAAACCAAUCAGCUUGUCGAAAAGAGGACGAAAACCGAAGCCGAAGUCCUAAAGUGCGAGCAGGAGGUUCACAAGCUGCGUGAACUCGUUUGUAACAAGGAAAAAGAAGCGGAUAUCCUGUUCGCUCGUCUUCGCCAAGACACCCUACGUAUCAUCCGAGAAAAUGAUAAGAUUGAAGGCAAGUUGAAAACCAAGCGCAGGAAGUUUCGGCUUAAAUCUAAGAACGAGAUAAGUUCACUUAAGCGUAGGAUCUCCUUCGUCACUUCAGAGCUUGAAAAAUGUCAGAUGACGAACGAGGACGCGUUGUCAAAAAUCGGCGCUUUGAGCACCAAGCGUGAAGAGCUAGAAAAGAGACUACGCGAGCGUGAGGAGCGAGUAGCUGGUGUAAAGCGCAUCAUUACUGAGCUAUCUACAGCACUCGCUACCGUAGGCCGAGCCGAAGCAAACUUUGACACGUCAUCUCUUCAAAAAGAGUUAGCUACAAAGCAAAUAGCUGCAACGAGUGCUCAACAAAAGCUGGAGGCAAAACAGGAUCUGCUCAAGGUGUUGGAGGACGACCACACACAACUAAAUGCGACCAUGGAGGACAUUGAUAUCCAUAUUGUAGAAGCAAAGAAUACUGCCACAGCCCUGGACAGUGAGAUCGCCGCUCUGAUGAAAGAUAUUGAAGAGCACGAGACAAGAAUUGAAUAUUUGCGUGCAUCUGCAAACGGUGCAGAGAAGAAAAAUGCUGACCUUCAGGCCCAAUUUCAAGAGUAUCAACGCCAGAACAAAAGCAUUGCCAAGAUGAAAGCAAAGCUUCGCCGUCAGAAAACCACACUGAUCAAGCAGAAAGAAGAUAUGACAUUGGAGCUUCGUAAAAUUGAAGAUCUAAGUAAGGUCUUAGCUGAAGGCAUUAAGCAUGGAACAGAACAAGCUCAACACUUUCGCGCAGCCAAAACACAGGGUGAAAGCAGCCAAAAACGCAUUGAAUUUGAACUUCGUCGCCAAGAGCUUAGCUUGCAGCAGCAAUGCGCGCAGGAAGAGAACGACCUCCAAGCAGAGGUCAUCGCUUGGGAUAACAAGUAUGUGAGCGAGCAGAUCAAACGAGUGGAACAAGAACUUCUUAGUAUUUAA